ACAAAUUCUUCUCCAAAAUUCAAAUGUACUUCUAAGUUCUAACACAACCCGCCGCUCAUCCAAAUUCAAAUACUCAACUCCAAGUCUCCACUAUUUCACUUCUUCUACCAAGCAAAAAUGGCGAACGCUCCUCAAAACGAUCUCUUCUCAUCUCUCAUCGCCGAUAUUAAAUCUUACUCUGGAAACGAUCCUCUUCUUCCGUGGAUAAGAGGAGUUCGAAAAUUGAGGGAGACAUUACCACCGAAUAUUCUUGAAGAAAAGCUUCCUCGAUUUCUCCAGAAAUGUGCUCAAACUUUUGAGUCUGAUCGUCGUUACCGGAAUGAUAAUCGAUACAUUCGUAUUUGGCUGCAAUUGAUGGAUUAUAUGGAUGAACCGAAGGCUUUGUUGAAGAAUAUGGAAUCAAAAAAAAUUGGGUUGAAGCGGAGCGUGUUUUACCAGGCUUAUGCGUUGUUUUAUGAGAAGACUAAGAAGUUUGAAGCUGCUGAUAGAAUGUAUCGGUUGGGCGUUCAGAACCUUGCAGAACCUUUGGAUGAUUUGCAGAAAGCAUAUGAACAGUUUAUUCAACGCAUGCAGCGGCACAAAAACAAGAAAAUUCAGUGCCAGAAGGCGAAAGCUUCAAAGAGAUCUCAGUCUGUUCAUAGCACUGCUAUCCAAUGCUGUAAUUUUACUGAGGAUAAAGAGAUAGUUGAGGGAACUUCUGAUGCAUCCUUGCUCAGGGAAACUUCCUUGAAAAAAGAUUCUGAAAAUCCUAGGAAUGUUUUAACUGAAUGUCCCGAGAUUCUGAUACCACAAAAUGAAGGAAAUAAAGGUGAUGAAAGCAAGUUAUACCGGGAUGACUCUGUUGUGGCAAAGUUUGUGGAUUCUGCAAUUGUUGGUAGGUCUGAAGCAGAAGAUGCCUGUCACCACGGUCUGGUAGAGCCUACUAUAAACAUGAAAGAGGCCAUGAAUGCCAUAAAUAGCAUGUUUAGAGAACCCAUUGAACCUACAAAUGCUGUUCGGAAAUCAAACAAAGGGCAUCUUAAGGUAGAUCAGAAAGCUAGCAAUAAGCUUGAGGUUUUUAUUGAUGAACAUUCAGAUGAUACAAUUAAAGGCAAGGGACACUUUCAAUUGCCACGAAAUAAGGAGCAUAAUCUCCAUGAACCGUUCAAGAUCUUUGUUGAUGAUGAGUUAAGCAAUGAUAUGGAGCCAAGCGAGGCUCAAAUAUCAGCAAAUAGUUCUCCUUCAUCUUCAUCAAGCGCUGAUGCAUUUGUGUUUCUCAGGCCACAAGAUAACCAAUCAGAGUCUUCCAAUGAGAUGAAAGCUGACAAAACAUCUAGAAAGACCAGAACCGGCUUUAGGGAGGACACAGUUGUUUGUAGAUUUGUGGGUUCAGCCAUUCUUGAUGAACCGGAGGUGGAAAAUAUCUGUCACCAUGGUUUGGUGGAUCCAACUGUUAAUCUCAAAGAGGCUAUGGAAGAUAUAAACGGAAUGUUCGGGAAGCCAAUAGAUUUUCUCAGGACUACCAGAAAGAAAAGGCAGGAAAAAGCAGCUGCUUCUGGUAAAAAUGAUUUUAGUGGGUUUGCAAUACUUCCUGAUGAUGAGUUCAAUACCCUGGAAGGUCCACAACCUUCUCAAAACAACACAUCAUUCAAAGAAAAUCAUGAUCUAUACGAACCAACCAUCUUCACAAAAGAAGCAAUGGAUGAUAUAAAUAAUCUCUUCUCGAUGCCUCUUGAUUUUUAGACUACAAGAUCAAAAAAUGUCCACUGCAUUGCUGUUGAUUUCCGCAAACGGUAUUAUUCAAAAUCAAUUGUUCAGUUUGUGUUGGUUAAUUUUGUUUCAUAAAUUUGGUUGAAAAAAUUCAUUUCGAAUCAUAUAUAAUAUCGUUCAGAUCGAUUUGUAGACCAGUCCUGAUUUUUUCAAAGCACAAAGAAAUUCAAGAAGACAGAGGUAAUUGUUUAUAAUUAGU